AUGUGAUUUGUUUUGGUAUUACAUCAGAACAAUCAAAGUAGAAUGAAACGUUUUAAAAUAUUCUACUGUUUUAAAAUCUAGAAAUAGACAUAAUGGCCAAUAAACCUGUACCAAAGGAGGUAAACAAGAACUCAUCACCACCAAUUCCAAAUGCAGUUGUUGACCGAGAAGACGACAAGGAGGAGAACAAAUGGGGCUACGACUUGUAUCCUGAACGCCGAGGGGAAAAGUAUAAACCAAGUUGGGGCCGGGUACUGCUAGGUAUCGAAGGUACCGAAAGCCUAGACAAGAUUAAAUGCGAACGAAAUGUUUAUUCGUGCGUCAAAAACAGCCCAAUGGUGAAAUUGAUGAUGGGUGCGCUGAGAAGCUCCGGUUGCGCCAUCGAUAUCCGACGACAUAUUGCCUGUGAGGUGUGCGAUGUCUCGGUCAGCGGAGGAUACGAUCCCGUGCUGAAUCAGGUGGUUGUUUGCCAGAACAUUGCCCGCAACGAGGGCAUUGUGCAGGGAGUGUUGUCCCACGAGAUGAUCCAUAUGUUUGACUACUGCAGAAAUGAUUUGGACUUUAAGAACAUAGACCACCUAGCGUGUACGGAAAUACGUGCAGCUAAUUUGACCCACUGCUCGUUCCUUAGCGCCUGCACCCAGGGCGAUGCAUCGCCGUUCAAGAUAAAACAAGCGCAUCGGGAUUGCGUUAAAACUAAAGCAUUGAAUUCAGUACUGGCUGUGAGGAAGGUUUCACCGGAGGAAGCGAUUGAAGCCGUGGAGAGAGUGUUUCCCAAAUGUUACAAUGACCUAGAACCGAUCGGACGCCGAAUAAGAAGGAACUCCAAAGAUAUGUUUAAAGCUUAUAUGGAAGGGCCAAUGUAUGGAUACGACGUGGACUGAAUUGGUCAUUAGAGAUAGAUUAUGUACGAAAGUUCUUAGUAAAGUUAUUUGAUUCUGUAA